UCGUCGGCAGGUCAACGUAUAAAAAGUAAACUGACCAAACGAAUCACUUUCAUUUUCCAUUUUUCAUUCGGUGUCAGAGGAAUAAUUUUUUUCAUCAAUAUUUAUAAAUCAUCAAUUUACAAUUUAGGAUAAACAAUUAACCUCCAAAAUGAUUCGAAUUGCUACUUUUGCCAUCCUUUUUAUCACCGUUACUGGUCAGUUUCAAGGACAAUCUUUCAAUGGUCAGUCUUUUCAAACAACAACCACUCCAGCACCAAUUCACCCUCCCGCUCAAGUCCACUAUGUGAACAUUGGUCAAGAUCUUGCUGGUGACUACAAGUUCGGUUAUGAUACUGGUAAAGGUCCUUCAGGUCAAUCUUUCCGAGAGGAAAGUCGUUUACCCGACGGAACCGUUAAAGGUGCUUACGGUUAUGUUGAUGCCAAUGGUCAACAAAGGAUCGUCCGUUACACCGCAGGUAAAGAUGGUUUCAACAUAGAUGAGGACAAACCCGCUGGUUCACCCGCCGCUGCCGCUGCAACACCAGCACCUCAACCUCAACGAGCUCCAGCUCCACAAUUCCAGAACUUCCCACAAGCUCCACCAACAAGGUUCGCUCAUCCCCCACAACCUGCCGCUGCUGCACCAACAGCCGCACCCGCUCAUCAAGGUUUCAACCCAAGCUUCAAUCCACAAACCAACUCAGCUCUCCAAUUCCGACUUCAACAACAAGCCCAACAACAAGCCCAGCAACAAGCUCAAGCUCAAGCUGCAGCUCAAGCUCAAGCUCAAGCACAGGCCCAAGCCCAAGCCCAAGCUCAAGCACAAGCACAAGCACAAGCUCAACAACAAGCCCAAGCUCAAGCUCAAGCUCAACAACAAGCUCAAGCCCAAGCCCAAGCCGCCGCCAUUGCUCAACAACAACAACAGCAACAAGCUGCUCCACAGCAAUUCCGACCCCAACCCGCUGCCCCAACAUAUCAAUCACGACCUUCCUUUACCCCAGCUCAAGCUCAAAUCGCCAACCAAAUCAACUCUAACCCACUUUCCGCAUUCCCCCAAUUACCUGGUGUACGACUUAUCCAAAUCAACCCCAGACCAAAUUCCCAACCCGAAUCAGUUGCCCCAACUAAUAACUUUGCCUCAAACAAUUUAGCCGCCAACAGUUUCAGUGCCAAUGGUAACACAUUAGCAUCAACUCCAGCCCCAGAGGAAUACAAUGGCCCAGUUGUAAUUAACGCCGCUCUCCUCAACUACGAUAUUGGAUCAUCAAGACGAGCCAAUUAAACUUAAACAUCACAAUUUAAAUACAUAAACCUCAUCACAUAAAGAUAAUUAAAAAACUUUCACAAUCUAAUGUUACCUGGAUAUGUAACAAUUUAUAUAAUACAAACAAAAACACACAUCCAUCAGUAACAAUAAAAGUGCCAAUUGUUGAUUUAACAACAAUUAACCACCACCAAGAACAAGAAACAAUUGUGAUCAACCAUCAUCAUCAAUGUUGAUAAAAUUUCAAAGUUAAAAUUGUAAAACAACAAUUAAACGAAACUUAAAUUGCGAA